AUGAUUGUCUUAAGUGCAAUUAAGAGUAUCGAUAUAUUUGGGAGACCAAUAUGUCUAAAUUACAAAUCACGUGAUUAUUUUAGGUCUUACUUUGGAGGAUUCACUACACUUGCUCUUAUAGCCUUCUUAAUAUAUUAUUCAAGAAAUGGUUUAGAAAAUGUAUUACAGAGAUAAAGUGUAAAUUAUAAUCUAGUAACUUCUAAAUCAGAUAAUCCAGAUUUAAUUUAACUAAGUUCAAACUAAUUCAUGUUUGCUAUCAGGAUUCAACAAACUAACUUCUUGAAAAACCCUUUUCUUAAUUUAACAGUUCUUUAAACUAAUUAAACAAUAGAUUCUCAAGGAAAUAGCACUAGAACUCAUUCUAUAAUCAGGAUGGUACCAUGUACUUUAGAGCAUUGGCAAAACUUUCUUGAUCCUGAAGAUGGUGAUUUUCAAACUAUUUUAAAUAGAUACAGCAUAAAUGAUGCUUUAUGUCCAUCUAUUGAAGACAGUAAGCUAAUCUAUGUCUAAGGAACCUAUUUUAAUGUAAAUUUUAACUAUUUAAGGAUUGCGUUUACUACCUGUACAAGCAACAUUACAAAUUGCAAAACAGAUGCGUAACUGUAAGCUUAAAUUAAUUCGGCUGGGUAAAUAAGGGCCUAGAUUUUCUUUCCCUCAGUUACAAUUAAUCCAAGCUAAGAGAAGUAUUAUAAAAAAUCAAUCGAUGAUAGCUAUUAAUAUACUUUUAUUCCUAAUACCAAUGUUGUAACUUCUGAUAUUUUUGUUUAAAAAAGCUUUAUACAGACUGAUGAAUCUCUUAUCAGCUCCUCUAGUGAAAGUAGUAAGAGAUUAGAUAUAUUCACAAACAUAGAGAAUAGGUUCAAUCUUUAGUAUUAAUAAGGAAAAAAGAAUGGAGAUUAAGCAGUUUUCUACUUAAGAAGAAGUCUAAUUACUUACAAUUAUGAUAGAUCUUUUAAAAGCCUUUAGUCCUUUCUUUCAGAACUGGGAGGUAUUGCUUAAGUCUUUAUAUCAGCUCUUAGUAUUUUUUUCUUCAUGUUUUAUGGUACACUCUUUAAAGUUUAACUCAUAAAUGAACUAUAUGACAUAGAUCUGAAGAGUAAAUAAUACAUAAAAAGUGAUAAAUAGUUAGUUUCAAAUAACGAAACAGAUGGGUAAAACAAAAUACCCUUGUCUAGCCAGAAAAAAAAUAAUAUUAAUAACCAAGAGAUUCGAUCUUCUUUUAAAAAAUAACAUACGAAUAUAUUUAAUUUUGAGGAUGAGAAUUAAAUUGCAUAGACAACUGAAAAACGUCAUCAAAAUGAUGCAAAUUAAAAUUAAUCACCUGAUAUUAUUAUACAAUAGCACAAAAACUCAAUAAAAUAUAAUAAUUAAAUAUAAUCUGAUUAAGAAACAAUUGAACAUCAGCUUUUUAGCAGUAGAAAAACUUUAGAAUCUACAGAAAAAACUAAUUUACUUUGGGUAAAAUUUAACAAUAUGUUAAAUUAAUACCAAAAAGUUAAAUUAUCUUUUAAGCUUUUUCUUCAUUUGCUAACAUGCAAAAAAUACUUUAAAGACAAUUUAUUUCCACUAUUUUCCAAAUCUCUUGUUCACAUAAACGAAGAUCUAGACAUUUCAACUAUUUUGUAUAAACUCUAAGAGAUAGAAAAGCUAAAAACUAUUUUAUUAGAUGAAAAUUAAAGAAAUCUAUUUUCCUUUUUCCCAAAACCUCUAAUUAAGCUAAAUGAGCCUCUGUAAAGAAAGUAAUCAUAUCAUGGCUCGCCAAAAUAAGUUCUGAGUUUAUGGAAAUCUAAAAUUUAAGAAGAUCUCAAAUAAUCCUAAAAAAUCAAUGAAACUCCAGCCAAUAAGUUGAGAAAAAGGUCAACAAUAGUAAAAAAAGAAGAAAUAAAUUAAUAGCAUUUAUUUACUGCUCCAAAACACUUUACAGAGUUAGAAAGCUUCCGUUUGUUAUAUUAGGCUUAUUUAUAAAUAAUUUUAUGCUAGGAGCCUGCAUCUUAAAAUUUAAAAAUUAAUGAGAGAUUAAUUGCUUCUCUAGGAUAAGACCUUCUGGAUAUAUUUAAAAUAUAAAAUGAGGAAAACCAAUCUAAGUUUCAAUCUAUUUUAAAAUCUCCGUCAAAAUCUCCCAAUUUUAGAUAAAUGUAAAGAAAGCUGUUUAGAAAUUUUUCUUCUAAAAUAACUGAUUCAAUAUCUAUACCUGACGAUGAAUAUGAUAUAAAUGAAUAGAAAGAAAUAAAAAUAGUAGAUACUAAUUACAACAAUGAAAAUAAAUAUUCAGAAUAAUUUAAUGCGACAAAUUAAAACAAUUUUAUAACAAAUUUUUAUUCUGAUCAAAACAAUAAAACAGAAGCAAUAUUUUCAAACUAAGAUACUUAAUAAAACCUAAAUUAAAAUAAUGAACAUAAAGGAAAAAGCAAAUAAAUAUUUUAACUUAAGGAUAUUUAUGCAUUCAAAAAUAAAAGUAAUAGUAAGAAUACUGAGCAAGAGCAAUGA